GAGGAAAAAAAAAAAAAAAAGAUGGCGCUGCCCAUGUUAAGAGGUUGUUUCAGGUUGCCAUCAACAUUUAGCUUUACUCGUCUGUAUAUAAAUGAAAGUAUCAUCCUGAACCGGUUCGGUAAAACGCGGCUACCUCCUUCAACCGUUGUCCGCCCGUACAGCUCCGACCGGGGCGGACAAAAACAGAAACAGAAGGUGGUGGUUGUCGGCAUCCCGAAUCCUUUCAUCUGGUUUCGCACCCGAAUAUACUACUUUCUGAUUAGGGCUUACUUUGAUAAAGAGUUCAACAUUGAAGAGUUCACGGAGGGCGCGAAGCAGGCCUUUUCCCAUGUCUCCAGACUGUUGUCACAGUGUCAGUUUGAAGCUUUAGAAGGGCUCGUGGCUAAAGACUUGAUUGGAAAGCUCGAGGAAAAGUGCAACCUGCUGCCAUCGAGCUACAAGAAAGCGCUCUCUGCAGAUCCUGAUGAGAUCAUGUACACCACACCUGGAGACGUGGGAAUCUACUAUGAUGAUAAUGGGAGAAAGUUUGUCAGUAUUCUGAUGCGUUUCUGGUAUCUGACAAGCACCCGUCUUCCUAACGACAACUUGGAGGGAACCCGUGUCUUUCAGGUGUCCAUUGGUGGAGAGGGAGAAGCAGAAAGUAAGAGACUGCUAACUGCAAAUUAUGAAUUCCAAAGGGAGUUUACUAAGGGAGUGCCCCCGGACUGGACCAUUACAAGGAUAGAGCACUCCAAGCUUUUGGAUUAAGGUAGUUUUGAUUUGAGGCAGUUGUGCCAGUGGAAACUAGUCAAAGACACGAAAUUCCCCUCAGUAUUUGCUUUCAUUAAACUGAGUACAAAAAACAGCUCACGAUGAUCCACAGACGGAAAACAAGACGCAUCUCCUUACUGGGAAGUCAGAGGAAAGCACCAGCACAAACUUGGAUUCAUCCACUAGUCACUGUAGAAAAGUUCCCAAAGCUGUCUGCAGUACAGCUGUGUUUCUUAUGGUUUUCUUCACUAUCUCUGAUUUCCCCCCAACAACAGUGAUCAGCGCUGGACCGGCUUUGUGAACUCUUGCUCUGGAAGGUUUUGUACAUUCAGGAAUGUGGCCAGAGGAAUCAAAUAUUAUUUUCAAACCAUGUGUAGCCUUAUUUUAACGAUUAUGUAACAGCAUAUGGGUGUGCUUCACACCUGUUCUUGGAAACUGUCAUCUUGUUUUUUAUUUUUGAAAAGACUGAUUAUUGUCUGAUACCGCAUCUCCAAGUAGAGAACUCUUGUUUCUCUACAGUAUAUAGGACUGUGUGGUAUAAAGAUGUUGCAGUUCAUUGUGCCAGAUUUGUUUCCACAGAAAAAAAAUCUUUCCUUUUUUUCCCCCACACAAAAUAUUGACCUGUUGCAGUCACCUGCCUCUGAAGUACAUGCUAUAUACUGUAUGUGUGCACAUGUGUUUUGCAGUUUGAUGCAGCUGCAGCAGUCCUUUGAUUGUUUUAUUAAAGAUUUGAGAAAAGAA